GUCAGUCAAGACACCACAAGUACUACACAUGCCAGGGGUCCCUAAGGCACCGUGGCCAAACUCUCUGCUUCCCUUUUGCCAACGUGUAAGUUCCACUUUAAUUUCAUCCAGACCUUACAGCUAAUUAUUGGUUGUGUCAGCUGAAGUGUUUAGUCAGUGAAUGGCUUUAAAAUAUGGACAACAUUGAUCCAGAUAAUGCUGCAGAAGUUCCGCAAUAGCAAUUUUGGUGAGUGGAAGCAAGGCUGCCGUACGUAGGAGAUAGCUGUCUCAGCAGUUUCACCAAGAACAAGGGAACACCGCCAACAGCCUAAUGGCAUGUAGUAGAUAUUGUGUCUACACUCCCUCUUACAUUGCUUAAAAGACCACUAUAGUCACCUAGACCACUUCAGCUUAAUGAAGUGGUCUGGGUGCCAGGUCCCUCUAGUUUUAACCCUGCCUGCUGUAAACAUAGCAGUUUCAGAGAAACUGAAACUCACUGCACACCUCUAGAAAGCAAACAAAAAGAAAAAAGUUUUUUGCAUUUUUGACAUUUGAAUUACUGUAGCCAGUUGUUUAGAGGCUCCAUUACUUCUAGAAAAAUCAAAAGAAAUUGGUUGUUGUUUUACAACUUAUAAGCACCACUGCUUUCAAGGAUAGAGGAGGCGACAUCCUGUUUACAUAUGAAAAACUCUAUAUACACAAAAUAUAUUUUUCAAUAUAUUAAUAUUCAUUUACGUCAGUGAAAAACCAUUUCUUUUGUCUCAUUAAAUAAAUACAUGUAUUUUUGUUUUAAAAACAGAUUCAAAUGACCAAACCAGAUUCAACGCUAAAUUUAUACCGGGAGAUAAAUAUGCUGCGGAAAAAGGAGUUACCAAUUCACAGAGGGUGGCUCUGUUAUGUGUGGACAGACGAGAAUGUGUUUGCCUACGUGAGGGAAAUGGACGGUUUAAAUAAAGUGUUUAUGAUAGUCCUCAACUUUGGGAGGGGAUCAACCAUAAACAUACAAGAAAAGAUCCAAAACAUUCCAAAACAAGCAAAAAUUAGAUUAAGUACAUUACCUGCUAAUAGCGGGAAAUCAAUAAAUACAGAUAGCAUUCAAACACAACAAGGUGAAGGCAUAAUAUUGGAAUACAGAACAAGCAAACAUCUGCAUCUGAUGGAUAGUUUUAAGGAUCAGUGCUUUAUAUCAGAAAAGGCAUGUUAUUCCAGUGCCUUCAAUUUGCUUUAUAAAAACUGCUAAACGUCUUUAGUCUUGUAAUAAAGUGAUUCAAAGCAAGUAAAAAAAAAACACAAAAAAACCCAACAAUUUCUGUGAUAAUGUUUUACAAACAUAGACAGACUAUAUAUUUAUGGCUUCGCCUCUAAGCCAGCAAAAAUACUCAGAAAACGUGUGCUAGUUAAUGGGUUAAUGCUAUCAUAUGAGACUUGCACCAACACAUGAUCUAAUGGGGAAGAGCCAAAUUACAUUGCAGAUAUUUCAACUCCAUAACCACUAACUAAGCAGGGGAGAUCUUACUGCAUUUGAUCUUGAGUGCAUGGAACUUUAGGCAAUACAGCUACUCUUACAAUACCUGCUGUGUGCAAAAUCUUAUUUAAAUGCACCUCGAAAGGGCUACAUAUUUUUUUUAAAGCUAUAGAAACAUUAUUGAAGAAACAAUGAUUAUGGGCAUCUUGAAAACCAAAUGAAUGAAAUAUAUAUCUUCGCAUCAAAUUACAUUUAUAAAAAUAAAGACAAAAAAAUAA